GCGGUGCACGCCGGGACAGCGCCGCCCCUCCCAGGCUGCCCCGCGCGGGCCGGGCGGGUGGCGGCGGAAGAUGGCGGCGGGCGGCGGGCGGCGCUGAGGCCCCGAGCGCGUGGGGAUGGAGCCGGGCGCGGCGCCGGGCCCCGAGCGGCUCUUCGACUCGCACCGGUUGCCGACCGACGGGUUCCUGCUCCUGGCGCUGCUGCUCUACGCGCCCGUGGGGCUCUGCCUGCUCGUCCUCCGCCUCUUCAUCGGUGUGCACGUCUUCCUGGUCAGCUGCAUCCUGCCCGACAGCGUCGUGCGGCGGUUUAUUGUACGUGUGAUGUGCUCAGUGCUGGGAUUGUUUGUGCAGCAAAGCGAUCCCCGGCUUCGGGACGCCAACGUGCAGGUGUACAUUGCCAACCACGUGACACAAUUCGAUCACAACGUCAUCAACCUCCUGACCUCAUGUAACACGCCUGCGUUGAAUGGUGCUCCUGGCUUCAUCUGCUGGUCACGGGGGUUCAUGGAGUUGGGAGUGACAGGCAGCCGGGCAGAGCUGGUGGAUUCCCUGAAGGCGUAUUCAUCACACAGAGAGAACCCGCCGCUGCUGCUCUUCCCCGAGGAGGCUGCCACCAACGGCCGGGCCGGCUUGCUCCGCUUCAGCUCUUGGCCGUUCUCAAUCUUGGACGUGGUGCAGCCAGUUGCCCUACAGGUUCAGAGGCCUUUGAUCACCGUGAGUGUGGCUGACUCCUCCUGGAUUACAGAGCUGCUCUGGACCUUCUUUGUUCCCUUCACAGUUUAUCAAGUAAGGUGGAUGCCGUCUGUCCCCAGACGAGCUGAAGAACUGAGUGAGGAUUUUGCGCUCCGAGUUCAGGAGCUCUUGGCCAUGGAGCUGGGUGUGGUAUCCACACGGCUCACUGCAGCAGAUAAAGCUGAACACAUGAAGAGGCUGAGACACACGUCGCUUCUCCGCUUUGCCCCAGCCUCGAGCCAGCCUCUGGCAGCCAGGCCCAGGAUGCCUUCCAGCCUGCCUGGAGUUGGGUCCUUUGCUCCUGAGGAUGUGCGGAUCACAGCAAUGGCUCAGCGGGUCAAGGAGGUGCUGCCUCAUGUGCCUCUGGAUGUCAUCAGGACAGACCUGGCCCAAACGAACUGUGUGGAUACCACCAUUGCCAACUUGCUGGAGGGGAGAGUGCCCUUCUUCCCUGAAAGUGAGGCUGGUGCUGACCUGCCUGCUCCGUCUACCUCCCAGGCUGCAGCUGCUUCUGGCAUCCAGGGCUCCGUAGCUGUGCCUACUUCCAAGCCAGCUACAAAGCAAUUCGCAAAGUCCCCGGUGGAGCGGCACCUGUCCUUGCAGGAGCGGAAGCGAGCGCUGUACGACUAUGCCAGGAGGAGGUUCGCCGAGAAGCACGGCGCGGCGCGGGCCGGCGGCAGCCCCUGAGCGGAGCGGACGGGACCGGACCGGGACCGGCACCGGGACCGGCGGCGGCGGCGGCGCGGGGCUGGGGGGCGCGGCCCGGCCCGGGAGGGGCCGAUCCCGGCGCGGCGGGGCCGGGUGGCGGCAGCAGCAAUAAAACGGCGCAGGAAGCAAACGGCGGCGUGCGGGGACGGGAGGGGAGGGGCGGGGCCGGGGGCGGGGCGCGGGGCUCCGUGCAGCUCUGCACGCGCCGCGGCCGUCACCCGCCGCACGUAGGCGCCGCUUAAAGGGGCGAUGCGGAGCGCGAGGCCGCCCUCAGCGCGGACCCAGCGGGUGGGACCCACAGGGCGGAGCCGGCGCCCUUUUAACGCGCGGGCUCCCGGUGCCGGUGGCUCUAUUUACAUGGGGGGGGCGUCACGUGACCGGCGGAGCCGCGGGGCCGGUGGCGGCGGGGGCUGAGCGCGGCGGGGACCCGCGGGGCCAUGGCGGACGGCGGCUCCUGGGUGCAGCUGCGGAGCGGCCCGGGGGGCGCCGACCCCGCGCCCUCCUCGUGCCACGCCGACGUGGAGCGGCUGCUGCUGGAGGCGCAGCUGGAGCCCGACGGCAGCGACGGAGCCCCGACGGCGCCGAGUCCCCCCGGCCCGCGGCGAGGAAGGAGCAGGGCGGGUGGGUGAGCGGCCCCCUCCCCGCGGCAGGGCCCCCCCGGGCCGCCCGCAGCCCCUGCCGGGGACGGAGCCGGCCGCCCGCGCCCAGCGGGACGCACCGGAGGACACCGAGCGGACGGGGCGACGCCUGCCCGCAGCCCUCGGCCGGGGCUGUGCCCGCUGCCCCGAGCAGCUGCCCGCGAGGGACUUUGCCUUCGUGUGCUCCCCGCAGCCGGUGCUGUGGAGCCUGCCGGGAGGGGCGGUGGGCAGGAAGAAGAGGCUGUUCAGUUCCGAGCUGCUGCUGCUCUUCAUCCCCUCGCUGCUGCUCAGCCACGUGCUGACGCUGGGACUGGGGAUCUACAUUGGGAAGCGGCUGGCAGCCUCCUCAGCAAACCCGCUGUGAGGAGCCGGGCUCGGCGAGGGACAGGCGGCUCGGUCGCUCUGGUCAGCACGGAGGGAGCCCCGGUGCAGCCCCGCUGCUCACAGACGUCGUGUUGGUGGCACGAGGCGCCGUCUCUCCGUGCCCCUUCUUUACCCUGGCCUGGGGAGCCAGUCCGUGCCCUCCUUCGUAGCCAGGAACCCGCUGAUGGCAGCUUCCUGCUGCAGGCAGCCCCGUCCCUCCCCGUCCCCUCGGUGUGGGUCUGGGUUCCUGCUGUUUAGUACAGAAGACUGUAAACGUGGCUCCUGAGCCUGCAGCGCCAGGGGGAAAUAAAAAGCCUGGUGCAGCUCCGCAGGCAGA